AUGAAGCUCAAUUCAUCGGUGAUCGCGACUGCUAGACGCGUACACGUAGUCGCACCUGGCGCUCGGCCGUUGUCACACACACGCGCUAGCACUGCGAAGUCGCCAGCAUUUGCCAACUAUGGGCUUGCAUGGUCGGGGCAAGCUAGACAUCCUGGUCUCUCCUCCGGGUCACCGCAUGGUUCAUGUUUAGGCUCUGGCCCACGCGCAUUUGCGAAUGCCGCCAGCGACGGUGAACGCAGCUCGCAACAAACGUUACUGAGACGAGAACCUGAUACCUUCGUUCCUUCGGUAGUUCACCACAGUGCCAUACGGCAUCCUCACUUCGACAAGAUACUCAUCGCCAACCGAGGGGAGAUAGCAUGCCGUGUCAUCCGUACCGCACGCAAGCUGGGUAUCAAGACGGUGGCCGUCUACUCUGAAGCCGAUUCAGAUUCAUUGCACACGAAGCUAGCGGAUGAAGCUUAUUGCAUAGGUCCUGCACCGUCCGGAGAGAGUUAUCUCCGUAUGGACAAAGUCAUCGAAGUCUGCAAGCGAAGCGAGGCACAAGCGGUUCAUCCCGGAUACGGGUUCCUCAGCGAGAAUGCCGAGUUUGCUGAACGUCUGGCUGAUGCUGGAAUCGUGUUCAUCGGCCCUCCCGCACAAGCAAUUGUGAGCAUGGGAUCCAAGAGUGAAUCCAAAAACAUCAUGUCGGCCGCCGGAGUCCCCUGCGUACCAGGAUAUCAUGGCGAUGAUCAGGAUCCCGACUAUCUGCUUUCACGGGCGAAGGAGAUUGGGUUCCCUGUCCUCAUCAAGGCGAUCCACGGCGGAGGUGGAAAAGGCAUGCGUACGGUUGAGUCCUCGUCAAUAUUUUACGACGCCUUGGCUUCUGCCAAGCGGGAAUCCCUGAAGGCCUUUGGCAAUGACACGGUCCUUAUCGAGAAGUUCAUCGUGCGGCCACGACACAUCGAGGUCCAAAUUUUCGCGGAUGCUCACGGCAACGUUGUUAGUCUUUGGGAGCGCGACUGCUCCGUACAACGCCGCAACCAGAAGAUACUCGAAGAAGCACCAGCACCCGGCCUUUCCCCUGACCUCCGCGCCGACCUAAGCGCGAAGGCCGUCGCUGCAGCGCGUGCGGUCCACUAUGUGGGAGCAGGGACUGUCGAAUUCAUAUUUGACAAUGACACACAGGAUUUCUAUUUUAUGGAGAUGAACACUCGCCUGCAGGUCGAACAUCCUGUGACCGAGAUGGUGACUGGGCUGGACUUGGUCGAAUGGCAGCUAGAGGUCGCAGCGGGCAACGUCCUUCCCCUAUCUCAAAGUGCUAUCCCACUUGUCGGACAUGCUUUCGAGGCGCGAAUAUAUGCAGGCAUCAUUCCAGAGAAUCCCCGGAACGACUUUCUUCCGGACUCCGGCUCUCUGCUUUACCUCUCCACGCCGUCUCCGACGCAUGUCUUUGCUCCCGCUCUUCCGCUUCGGGAUGCCUCAUCGUUGUCGCCUUCCUCCGGUGACGAAACGGAAGCUAUGCGCAUCGUACCCAUUCUGGGUUCGCAAGCUCCUUCUGUUCGCCUAGAACAGGGCUUUUUGCAAGGCUCGCAGAUCGGCGUUUUUUAUGAUCCCAUGAUUGCCAAGCUCGUGGUGCACGGGAGGGACCGUGCAGAGGCCCUUCGUGUCCUGCGCGGUGCACUCGAUGAGUACCAUGUCGCUGGUCUCAGCACAAAUGUGGAGUUUCUCAGAUCGUUGGCCGGGAACGAAGCGUUUAUCGAUGGCGACCUCGAGACCGGAUUCAUUAAGAAACACCAAGCAGAGCUUCUUCCGCCGCUUACCCAACCAUCUGCCGAGCUUCUUACUCAAGCCGCACUAUUCGUAACCUUGAGAGAUAUGUUGCCUCGGACAGCAACGAGCGCACCUUCACCGUGGACCACCCUUGCUGCUCGUCGGUUUAAUGGUCGCCAUCACGAAGGGGUCGUGAAUAUUCGCACAGAAGACGAAUCGACCGCAUCCAUCACUGUUCAUCUCAAGCACCUUGGAUCCGGGUCUUUCACGGCAACAGUACGUCAGGGGCUGACGAGCGACCUGGUUACGGUACAAUCUGCUCGGUUGUCUUCUCCCACGGUCCUGGACGUGACCGUGAACGGAGCGUCCUCGCAUUCGACUAUUGUAUCGCAACGUCCGCCUGCGUCCGUGCCCGUCUCGGACGCUCCUCAUACCCAAGAACGAUUACACAUUUUCCAUGAUGGACGAAAGACCACCCUCGUCCUGCCACCUCCGAAAUGGUUGCUCUCACUCGGAAGCGACGUCCUUGAAGCCGGGAAAGCCAAGGGCGCCCUCAAGGCACCGAUGCCGAGCCUGGUUGUUGAGGUGAAGGUGACCGUGGGUGAUAAGGUUGCGGCAGGCGACCCGGUCGUGAUCAUCGAAAGUAUGAAGACCGAAACGGUGUUGAGGGCGCCGAAGGGUGGCGUGGUCAACGCCGUGGGCUGCAGUAAAGGCGAGAUGGUGGAGGAAGGCAGACAGUUGAUUGAUAUCACCGUGGAUGAGUCUAAUACAGAUUGA